CUUGAAAUCUCUAUGCAUAAGAUUUGUAUAAUUUUUAUAGAGUUUUAUACGACGAUUAUUUGAUAUUUUGAAAAUUUGUGAAGUUGAAUGAAUAAAGUUUAUACGAGAGUAAAACUCAUAAGAAAUUCUGAAACAGAAUUUUAUUCGUCUGAUAUGGCAUGUGUGAAAUUACUGUGAAAAUAAUUGUGAAAAUAAUAUAGUGUUUUACGAAGUCGUGAAUUGAUACCGAAUAAUUCUACUGAACAACUUAUUGUUCAUCAUACUACUCGAUUAUAUCAUAAAAUUUGAAAUUAAUCAAAAUAAUUUCUUAAUUAGAAGCAGGAAAAUAUUUUUCCAUCUGUAUGAGAAGUGGUGAUUUGAAAUAAGACUGAAAUAAUAGAUAAAUAAGGUAAUAAGGCCUGUUGUUUUGGUAUCAGUGGAAUUUCGAGUGAUAGCACCCACCGGGAAAAUAUUACAUACAAAUUUGUUCAAGAAAUUGAACCAACUUAUCUUCACUUGACCUAAUAUCUACCAAAUCGGCACAAACACCAUUUCGUUGGUCAAUUGUUGGACUUUCACAUUUGAUGAAAAAUUUUUCCUCGCCAGGUCACAAAUUUAUCCCGGUCAAUUAUUACAAAAAAUCUAUUGAUUACUCCGUGACAAAAAGGCUCAGCAGCACUGAUUUGUGCCAAGUGUAUUAAUGAUAACGAACUAAAGCAGCCAACAGACAUAACUUUAAUUGUUCAACACAUAAGUGCAAUAAAUAAAGGCCACUAUUGGAACUACCAUCCGUCAUUAACGCAAUUGACGACAAGCCCACCUAAACUAAAAGUAACAUCUAUUCUUCACCACUGCAUUGAACAAAGAAACUAUUAAUUAUUAUUAAUUAAAUUAACUACAAUUAACACAUCUACCAUCAACAACCACAUCACAUUGCACUACCUUUUUCCCGCCUGGCCCACACCCCCCCCACCGCCCCACAUUCAGUAUGAUGGUCCCGGCCUCCUCAGCCCUGGCGACGAGCGCCUACGCCUCGGCGCUGCAUCCUUCGCUUCCGCAACUUGACGCCGCUUACGCAGCAGCGGCAGCAGCUAACCUUCAACCCCCUGCGAAGGAUACCACCUGGACGAAGCUUUUCGUAGGAGGAUUGCCCUACACCACCACUGAUCAGGAGCUCAGGGAGUUUUUCGAGGAGUUCGGCGAGAUUGAAGAGGCAGCUGUUAUCAUCGAUAGACAGACCGGCAAGAGCAAGGGCUAUGGCUUCUCAGCUGCGUCUGCUGAUAGCUGACUGAUGGGGCUACACGUCGCUGACACUCGCGAGCGCUGCUGAACACUCCGUACACUCCCUACACUCAUG